AUGGCUGCCGCUGAGCCCAUCCUGCCCCCUGAGGAGGUGGCUUUGCUGGAGCUGGGGAAAGUGGCCCUGGCCACCCCCCUGGACAAGGUGCCACCAGCCCCAGAUGAACACCUGGGGGACACUGAUGCCACCCUGCCGUGGGACCGGUGCCAGCACAGCACCCGGGGCCAGCCGGAGACCGCGGAGGCGAAGAGGCGCUCAAGUCCUGAAGGGGGCCGCGAAGACCCCGAGGAGGCUGCUCUCGCCGGCCCCCCAGCUGAGGCCGAAGACGAGGAAGCCCCCCGGCUGCCCGUGAUGGCGGGCCAUGCCUUCUUGCCCAUCGACCGGAUGAUCGUCAGCGGCAUCUCCCGCCUUUGCUCCUCUGCACUGGAGCCCUUCGGGGAGCUGCAGCGGGAGGUGGAGAUCCACCGCACCUACGUCUCCCAGUCCAUCCAUCUCUUCAUCCUCUACUUCUUCAACAUGGCUGUGCUGGCCACCUACCUCCCGCAGGAGGUCCUCAAGCUCAUCCCCCUGCUCACGGGGCUUUUUGCCAUCUCCCGGUUGAUUUACUGGCUGGGGUACGCCAUCGGGCGCUCCUUCCGUGCCUUCGGCUUCAGCAUGACCUUCUUGCCCCUCCUGGCCAUGCUACUCUGGAACCUUUACAACAUGUUCGUCCUGGAGCCUGAAAAUCUCCUUGCUGUGGCAACGCCAAAGACCGAGGACCGCUCCAAGGACAGUGGAGCCAAACUCCGGUACUGGGGGUGA